AUGCACCUUGCAGAGUAUCUCUUCCGUCGCAUACAUGAGGUCAACAUCGGAUCUGUAUUCGGGGUACCUGGCGACUUUAAUCUCACUGCUCUUGACUACGUCGAAAAGUGCGGCCUGCAGUGGGUUGGCAACGUCAACGAACUCAAUGCUGGAUACGCCGCCGAUGGAUAUGCGCGUAUCAAAGGAAUAUCGGCCAUCGUCACCACAUUGGGAGUUGGCGAGCUCUCUGCUUUGAAUGCGAUUGCAGGGGCCUCUGCCGAGCUCGUUCCGAUCAUCCAUAUUGUGGGAUUUCCGUCAACCGCUAUCCAGGAAAAGAAGCUGCCUGUCCAUCAUACCCUGGCAGAUGGAGAUUUCGAAAUGUUCAUGAAAAUGAGCGAACGGAUCUCCGCUGCUGCUAUUCUCUUAAAGGACCCUCUGGAAGCGACCAGAAUGAUCGAUGAAACAAUCACCGAAUGCUACCGCUCCAGCAAGCCUGUAUACAUUGGAUUCCCAAUGGAUCUGGUGGAGGCCGAAAUUGACCCAUCUCCGCUAGAAAAAUCGUUGCUGCUGCGUCCUCUGCCAACCAAACCAACGGCGGCGGAAGAGACUGCCAUGAACACAAUUCGUGGGAAGUUGUUUAAGGCUGAGAGUCCAGUCAUCAUUGUCGACAGCCUUGCUGGCAGAUAUGAGGGUCUACAUGUGACCAGGAACUUUGUUGAGAAGUCCAAUAUAGCGUGCUUUGCUUUCCCAAUGGCAAAAGGAAUAAUCAACGAAAGUCUGCCGAAUUUCCGAGGAAUCUACGCUGGCGGCGUCUCCAAUCCGGGUGUGCAAAAAGCAAUUCAGUCAAGUGAUCUGAUCCUUCUGAUUGGAUCUCGCCCAUCAGACCUGAACACCGGGGCCUUCAAGAGUAAUGUACCUGAUGUUGACACUAUUGUCUUUCAUCGAGACACCGUGAAACUGGGAGAAGAGACUUACUCCAAGAUUCUGAUGGAAAAUGUCCUCGGAAAGCUCUUAGAUGCAAUGUCCGCCUCCGCGCCGAACACCGCAUCUAACUCUUCAUUCAGCAGUUCACCGCCAUCUUCAGCAAGCUCAGCAAGUGCAAACGCCCCCGAAGUCUCCCUGGAUGAGUCUGGUCAAUUGUUCAAAAGCAAAAACGCCGACACAAGCAAUGGCAGCAUUCCAUUAUCCCAAGAAUGGCUAUGGCCACGCAUCAGCUCCUGGCUCGAAGAAGACGACAUCGUCGCAAUGGACGCCGGAACAUCCGCCUUUGGUGGGAUAUGGUCCCAACACCCGCGAGGAGCCCAAUCACUCUUCCAACUACUAUGGUGCUCAAUCGGAUUUGCGCUUGGAGCAACAGUCGGAGCAGCCAUUGCAGCGCGCGAACAGCUCAAGGAGUCUGAGACGAAGCAGAAGCGCCGAACAAUUCUCUUCACCGGCGAUGGGAGCCUGCAGAUGACCGCUCAGGAAAUUAGCACUUUAGUUCGCCAAGAACUCGGUGUGAUUAUCUUUGUCAUUUGUAACGAUGGUUACACUAUUGAGCGCUUUAUUCAUGGCUGGGAGAAGAGUUACAAUGAUAUCCAGCCUUGGGACUACAAACUUCUUCCUCAAGUGUUCAGUCCGAAGCCUGACUUUGUCAGGACGUAUAGUGUUCGGACCAGAGGUGAGCUGGAGGCGAUUCUUAUGGAUGACCAGUUUGGACCAGCCGGCAACUUUAAUAAAGAGCAACCUGAGCCCUUGCGUCUUGUGGAGGUUCAUAUGGAUAAACAUGAUGCCCCGCAAACGAUUCCCGAUAUGAUUUCUGCGCUUCAUGGAAAGAUUGCCACUUAG